AUGAAGGUGAGGGAGGAAGAUGACAUCCCUGCCAAACCAGGGGAGGUGCCCUGUGACAUCUGCCUUGAGCCAAAGCGCAAAGCCCAGAAGACGUGCCUGGUGUGUUUGGCCUCGUACUGCCAGACUCACCUGGAGCCUCAUCAGAGAGUCACAACCCUUAAAAAACACCAGCUGAUUGAUCCUGUGUCAAACCUGGAGGACAGGGUGUGUAAGAAGCACGACAAGAUGUUUGAGUUCUUCUGUUACGCAGAACAAGUGUGUAUUUGUUCCAUGUGCCUGAAAGACAAUCAUGCAACACAUGGCGCUGUGCCAUUAGAGCAUGCUUUCAGAGACAGGAAAGCCCAGGUGGGCUCUGUGACAUCAGAGUUAAAAAAUAUGGAAAACAUUAAAUCUAGGAAUAUUAAGGAAAUUAAAAGCUUCCUUGAAAGAAACAAAAGAAAGUCAGAGAAAGAGAUAGCAGACAUUGCUGAGGUUUUCACUGCUCUGCUGGUCUCUCUGCAAAGAAGCCAGACUAAGCUGAUUGAGGUGAUCCAGGAGAAGCAGAAAGCAGCACGGAAGGAGGCUGAAGACCACCUGACAAAGCUGGAGCAAGAAGUCACUGAGUUGAGGAGGAAAAGAUCUGAAAUGGAACAACUUUUACAAACAGAUGACCACUUCCACCUCCUGCAGAGCUGGCUGUCCCUCUCCCUCCCUGCACACACUGUCGUAUCCGAUGCUCUGACCCAAGCCACCAAGCCAAUAGACCUCACUGACAUCAGUCAGCAGAGCUUUGUGGAGAAGGUGAAAAAAGCAGGGGCUCAGGUGGAAAAGAUGCUCAGUAAUAAGACAGAGUGGCUUAUUCAUGAGGUCAGGUUAUCUGAUGGUUGUGAGGCUGCUGAACGGCCUCUCAAAGAAGUGUGGUCACCACCUGAGGACAAGCUGAUGAUGAUCCAGCAGUGCAAUGCAGUGGAUGUGACUCUGGACACCUACUCAGCCAAUUCCAGACUCUUGGUGUCUGCGGAUGGGAAACAACUGAGA